AUAUUUUAAAGAUAAUUAAUUAAUUAAAAAUGUCUACAUCGAUAGAUCAGAAGGCGUAUUUACAGAAAUAUCUUACCGGACCUACCGGUGACAAGAAAAAGAAGAAGAAGAAAAUAAAUAAAGGCAAAGGGUUCAGAAUAAUAGAUGAUGAUAUAGAUCUCUCCAAGCUACGUCCCCUGGAAGGUGACGAGCUGGACAUUUUGGGUGAGGGUGAGGACGCACCACAGAUCGCUGGCAUCAUAGAUGAAAGGCCAGAGGAUGUCAGGAAAAUGGAGCAAUUUAACACCACUUCAAAGUGGAGAGUUAUUAAUGAGGACGAUGGAUUCAAUAGUAAACUCAAAAUACAAGAAAUCAAAAAGGAUGUGAAGGAGGUAGAAAACGAAAAUGAACUUAUAUUUGGCAAAAUGUAUAGCGACUCGGAGGAUGAACGUGAAACGAAAAAUGAUUCAGAUCCGUCUCCUCCAAGGAAAGAGACUAACAUUAAGGCGAAAGACAAAAAGUCGUCUAAAAAACCUGAAAAUAACAGUGACAGUGAUUUUAGCCCACCUAGAAGAAAAGAACCACCUAUGAAAUCCAAUAGAGAUGAUGACGAUUCUGAUCUAUCACCUCCAAGAAAACAUGAUAGUCACAAAUCAAAACAAAGAGUUAAGAAACCAAGUAGAUGGGGCGAUGCUGAGAAGGAUACAAGUCAGGAGAGGUCAAGAAAAAAGUCGCCUGAAUCACCAAAGAAAUCAAAAACCUCUAAUUUUGAAUUUUCCCCUAAAAGAAGGAAACAUGGUUCUGAUGUUUCUCCUCCUAGAAAAACUAGAAAGGAUUCUGACAUGUCACCUCUUCGAAAAUCAAGAUGGGAAUCUGUAUCUCCAUCUAGGAAAUCAAGGAGAGAUUCUGACUUAUCCCCACCAAGAAAAUCAAGGAAAGAUGUAGACAAAUUGAGAAAAGAUUCUUUCAAAUCACCACCUAGAAAAGUGAGAAGAAAUUCUGUUUCAUCUCCACCAAGGAAAAUAAAGAGAGACUCUGACAAAUCACCUUCAAAGAGACCAAAAAGAGAUUCUGAUGUAUCUCCUUCGAAGAAAUCACGAAAAGAAUCAUCAAGGAAACUAAAUAAAUCAUCAGACUCUGAUCUUUCACCACCAAGAAAGAGAAUAUCACCUGAAAGACAUAAUGAAAUAUAUAAUCAUAAACGUAAAAUUGAUGAUUUAAGUAACAAGUACAAACACGGUGAGAGUUCACAAAAAAGGAAAUCUCCUGAUUCAGAUUUGUCGCCACCAAGAAAGAACAAAUCGAAGAGGCGUUCGCCGUCACCAAGAAAAGCAAAACGAUCACCAGCUAGAAAAAGGAAAGAUAGCGGUUCUGAUGUUUCUCCGCCCAGAAAGGCAGAUCAAAGAUAUGGAAGGACUAGUGACAGUCCUCCGCCGUCAAACAAGAGAAUGGCGCGAACAUUGGAAGGCAAAGUAGCAGGACUGCAAGAUGCGAAGCAACUUAGGGAAGAAAAUGAAGCUUUCAGAAGAAGAGAGGAUGAGGCAUUUAGAAAAAUGGGUGAUGAAGUUUCUGGAAGGAAUGCAAAAGUUGUUUCUAGAAAAGGUAAAAGAGAAACUUCAGAAGAACGGAAUAAACAAAAGGACAAAGCAGAAAGACAGAAGGAGUUAGACGAAAAGUACAAAAAAUGGAGUAAAGGGUUAAAACAGCUACAAGAUGAAGAGUCUCGUAUGCAAGAUUUCAUCCACGAGUCAGCGAAACCGCUCGCGCGACAUAGAGACGACAGGGAUCUGGAAAACCGUUUGAAGGACAUCGAAAGAGAUGGAGAUCCUAUGCUUAAGUAUAUUAGGGACAAGAAGCGAGAGAGAGGAGAGUUGCCGCCAGAAAAACCAACAUACAAAGGCAACUUUCCACCCAACCGCUUCAACAUUCGUCCAGGUUACCGUUGGGACGGCGUCGAUCGUUCUAAUGGCUAUGAACGCAAAUUCUUCGAACAACAGAGCAAAAGAAAGGCACAAGAAGAGGAGGCUUACAAAUGGAGUACAGAAGACUUGUAAAUACUACAGUAAUAUCCCAAACAAACAUAUAACUUAGACUGGAUUAUGACUUAAAAUAUCAUGUUAUUGAAAAAUUUGGAAUGUAAUCGAAAUUUUACUACACAACUAUUGUCACAAACAAAUACUUUUCUUUCGUUUUGGUCACGUCGUAGAGGUGCGUAAAGCACUAUCAUUUUUCCAAAAAAACAGCAACAGAUUGUAAAUUGUAUUUGUUUGCCUUACAAAUAUCAACUUAAUCCAUUGAAAAUAUUACUUAUGACACCGGGAGUCCAUUGCCUGGUACUUUUGUUAUGGAAAAACAUGUUGCUUCCAUUUCUAUGGACCAGGCGCCAUCUAGCUGGUUUAAUAUGAACUGCUGGGAACUCUUAUCAAACAUUUUGAAAUGAAAAUUGUCAUGGCUGUACUUCACAACAGAACAGCUUUUAUAUCUUUAUCAAACACAAGCUUAUUAGCAGCUGAUCUGGUAAUAAGCCUGAGCAAUGAAUUUGAGAUAAACAUAUUAUGUAACAAUGCAACUUCGUAAUAGCAAUCUAAUACGUACGUAAAACAAUGAUGCAGGGAAUACAAUGAACAACGAAGAACUAAGUUAUUCCGCUGUAACCAAAAGUAUAUUCUGCGUUUUGAAUUCAUCUUUGUUGAAGACUUCCAGAGAAUCAUAGUAGUCUUAUGUUUGAACUAGCUGAAUAAAAAUACCUUCCUGUAAAUAU